AUGCCACGUCAAAAUUGCUUGGUCGAUCGGAACCUGCAUACAGCAAAAUGUGUCAAGCCCCCCAAGCGAGUACAGAGACGAUCUAGCGCCAAACAAGCCCCAAUUCAGCGCGCUACAGCUGGGCAGCUUCUCAGUCGGGAGACUGGGUUUCCUCCACAUACCAGAACGUAUCCAUCCUCAUCUAUUUGUAGCGGUCGUAUCUCGGGAUUUCCGGUUUCUGUUGUCCCCGCCACAAGGUUUCACGCGCAACCCACCGUGUCUCAUCUGGAUGGUUUGCGUCUACAUUUGACAUCAGAUCCCAAUUCGGGCAGACCACCAUCCUUAGGAAGUCGAACAUCCUCCGUUCGUCCUCCACCGUUAGCUCAUCCUGAACACUGCCCUCAUACAUCUUCCUCCUCCUUCUUAAGAGCAUCUGGAGCUCGGAGUUGGAAUUCACCCGUGGUCUCGCUUCCCCACUUAAAAGAUGGCGUACAGUUCCCAGAUCCACGUGUUCUGCAACAUCUGAUGGGUAUUGAUGAAGCGACUGCAGAACGUUUGUUGGCUAACACCCGCUUCAACAAUUUAUACUCCCUCACUUUGGCCACAUUGGCUGGCAACGGUGCGGGCGGGAGCGACGCACGGAAGCAUCUGUUGAAUAAUGGUUCCACGAACAUUCUGAAAUAG